AUGAGCCACCCGACGUUAAUCAAGCCACCACCUCCGUCUGAAAACCGAGCCCCGAUCGAGGAUGUGUUGGAAUUGACACAUCUGAACGCAAUCGACCCAACUCUCUUCACGAAUACCCGACCGCUAUGGCAUCCACCGGGCGCAAGAGGCAUCUAUGGCGGUGCAGUCAUCGCCCAGUGUCUUGCGGCGGCCCAGAAAACAGUUCCUGAAGACUUCAACGUGCACAGCAUGCAUUGCUACUUUGUUUUGAAUGGCAACUCGGAACUACCAGUCAUUUACACCGUGGAGAACGUGCGACAAGGGAGAUCAUUCGCGACGAGGACCGUUCAAGCACGACAGCGUGGCCAGCCAAUCUUUACCGUGACUCUCAGCUUCAUGCGGGAAGGAUCAGGUGGAAAGCAGACCGUAAGCCACGCAGCCAACAUGCCGGAUUUGAAACCACCAACAGAGGAGGAGCCAGUGGACAUGCUUCGAGGUGGAAAUUCGCCAUUUGUGCAGCAAAUGGUAGACAUCAAGAACAAUGACAGCCCGAACCCACACGAAAAGCGUACGAGACUAUGGAUAAAGGCACGGGGUAGGAUCAGCGAGGAAGGGGGCCACCAGGCACAUUUGUCAGCUCUGGCGUACAUGAGUGACUCGUACUUCAUUGGCACGGUUGCCCGCGUUCACAGAUUAUGGCGAUAUACUCAAGUACCCAAGACUAAUGAAAAGGGCGACACCAAAGAUCUCAUCACCAGCGAUGUGCUUGAGAAACUAAAGAAGAUGGAUCUGGAGACCUUGAAGCGUGUAUCAGGAUUAGACGAUGACAUGAUCAAUCAAAUUCAAAGUCUCGAGGUCAAAGAUGGAAAAGUGGUGGGUCUGAAGGAGAAGACGACACCCAAGAGUAUUGGGAUGAUGGUCUCGCUCGAUCACUCGAUCUACUUCCACAGUCCGAGGGACUUCCGCGCCGACGAAUGGAUGGUAGCAGAGUCAGAGACACCUUGGGCCGGUGAUGGCAGAGGGCUUGUGAUGCAGAGAAUUUUCUCCAAGGACGGAAAGCUCAUUGCAUCUUGUGUUCAGGAGGGGGUGGUACGUCUCAAGCAGGACUCGAAGCUAUGA